AGCGCUAUGCAUUGUGGGACACGGAGGAAGAUGGAAGCGGCCACCCCGAGCGUGUUGAAGUCUCAUCAACAAACAAUUUACUAGACAUACCCACACAAAUGACCAUACUUUAGGUUUCGUUAUUUUUGUAAAAAAUUACAUUAUUGGCACGGGACUGCUACUGGACGCGGUGAGUGGUAUCUAUCAUAAAACCUCAUGUACUAUAGCGACUAUGCUAGCUACAGCUAAAGCUAAGGGUCAAUGCAAAGAUAUUUGAAAGAAACCUUAGAAGAUGUUGGGAGGACUGCUGAAAGCUGGAGGGUCCAUCUGUCAGUCUGCUGGGAUUCUGCUCAACACUGCCAGGACAAUUUAUACGGGAACAUGUUGCCAAAUCAGGAUGCAUGCCAUCCCUGAACUGAAGAAGGUGGACCGAUGGACUGAGAAGCGAAGCAUGUUUGGAGUUUAUGACAACAUCGGCAUCCUAGGGGACUUUAAAGCUCAUCCCAAAGACCUCAUCAUUGCUCCCACCUGGCUGAAAGGUUUCAAAGGCAACGAGCUGCAACGUCUGAUCAGGAAGAAGAGAAUGGUGGGAGACAGAAUGAUGACAUUGGACAAACAUAACUUGGAGAAGAGGAUAAAGUUCCUCUACAGACGCUUCAACCGUUAUGGGAAACAUCGCUGAAAUUUAAUAUGCAGCACUGGGAGAUACCUUUGACUAUCCUAAAGGACUGCUGGAGCCUUGUUGAAUUGUUUCAUAUUGUAAGAAUGAUGUUUGUAUCCACUUUCUCCUCGUCAUCUUUAUAAAUCUGUUCAAACUUUC